UCUCAAACAAAAGAAAUAAAUAUUCGACAGCAGACUCCGCAUCAAAGUUGAGGAAACGUUUGGAAGCUUUUGGAGGUAAUUGUUGCUCUGACUUGUUAUUAAUAGCGUAAACUAUAGCUUUGAUUGCCAAACUUAAAUAAGUUAGUAAAAACAUCUGUGAUUCGAUGCUACAAGAUCUUCGACUUAGCAAACUUAAAUGCGUGACCCCUAUUUUACACACGAAAAUUGCUGUAGGUCAGCAAUUUUGAGCAUGUUGGCCCUCGCCCCCUACAUUUCCGAGAAAUAUUUGUACGUUUUCGGGGUCUUGAGUCUUAACAGGAUGUCUUUUUGGUCCGGAAGCCUUAAAAAAGUAUAAAGGUAUAAAGGUUACCGGUCCACGUUUAUAUUUUUCUAAUUCCAUGAUAACAGUUUUUUUUAAUGCUUAACGCUGUAUGUGAAACAAAAAUUAAAUAGGGUCAUUAAAUGAGGUCUUCUGUCUUAAACAUGGUAGCGAUAUGAACGAUUUUAGUCUUUAGCAUGAUCCAUUAUCAGGGUUUGAAGGUCUUGGGAGCAUACCUCUACCCAAACUUCCCUUCAGUGUCCCCACCCCUGCCCCACCUCUACUGGGCAUUUUCCAUCUCUGGGACCGGAGCAGGGUGGCUACUGUAGUGUUUUCGUCAUCGCCACUACUUACUAUGCAGGUGUACAGAGGAACCUUUAUAUAAUGAAGAGCCAAGGGAGUGACAAAAUAUGUUCACUGUACCAAGGUUUAGUUAUAUUGAGGUCCUUUUCCUUAAAUUUUGCUCUUACCAGGGUGAAAAAUACAGUCCUUGUAAAUAGAGGCUUGUUAUAUAAAGGUUCCACAGCUGUACCUGUGCAUUAAUAUAUGGGGGGAAGGGGGCACACUCAGCUAUAUAUUUUUCUUGGAUCAAACUGUAAAAUUGGCAUGAGUUCCACUGAGUAAGUAUUAAUACAAUAUUAUUACCAACUGAAAUGUCUUUAUUUUCUGUAGAAAUAACAAGAAACAUUUAACAAUGGGUGCUGUUUUGGGAUCAGCUAUGAAGAAUACAAUGGAUGAAAAUUUCAAGAAGAAUCAAGAGUUUAUGUUGCAAACUCAAAAAUUGCAGGUUCAAAGUCUAUAAUUCAAUAAUAUAUAUAUAUAUAUAAUUUUAUAAAAUGAAAUCACAAUAAAUUUGAAAUUAACCAAUUUGAGUGUAGCAUGCAGUACGGGGGAAAGGUGCGGCUACAUGUAGGCUAAUUUGAGUGCAAUUGACAGCCUCUGUGCUACACUUUUUCUUUGAUGGGAAAUUGGCUAUACUUUUGCAAGGUUUUAUUUUAUUUUUAAAAUAAUUUGUAAUCAUUGAUCAUUAUUUGAGUUGAUCUGUUUAGCCUUUACCUGUGUUAAAAGCUUUGUGUAUCUUCUCUUAGUUAGGAAGACAACUUCAAAUGCAGAAUGCCAUGAGGGAACAGCAAAUGUCUAUGCAGCUGGCAGGAGCAAGAGAGAUGUUUUAUUGGCUGGCUUCAUUCUAUGGAGUUGCUACACUAGGCAUGCUUGCUGGGUAUGUAGACUUAACCUCCAAAUCAAAUGCAUUUUUCUAAAGUGGUAGGCUGAAUAGAUUAUUAUUCAUUCAAAAUAUUUCGUCAUUGCUGAUUGGUUCCAAUCCCCUGGCUAAUUCUUCAUAACCAAUUGGUGCAUACCAUAUUUGAAAGAUGAGAGCAAUAUACCAUCGAUUCGAUGGCAUAUUUGGUUAGAAACAAGGCUGCUUGGGCAAAAGUCAACUAAAAAAAUGGCGUUCAUGGCUAUUCGAAGACGAAAUAGCUGAACUUCUGACUUAAAUUGAAUGGGAGAAAUGCAAAAAUAUGCAAAACAUAUUUCUCAAUGGAUUUUAUACCUGCACGAUGAAACAUCCGUUUAUAUCCUAAAACCGUGCCGAGAAAUAGGCCAAAGUUUUGAAGAAAGUCUCAAGGGGGUAAGCUUGUUGAGAACUUAGAAACAUUUUGAAUGAAUAAUAAAACAAUUACUGAAUUUGGCUGUCAUACGAUGUGAAGAAUUAUGCAGAUCUCGGAGGAUGAUAUUUACCUCACCCUUCAGCCUCGGUGGAUAAUUCGUACUCAGCCUCAUUCAAUAAUGUUUUGUAAAUUGUCACAACCAUGGCUAUCACUAUGCUGACCCUUAUUCUAUGAAUCUGGUUCUAUAGUACUGUUGAUAAAACUUACGGUAUAAUAGUAAUAAUGUUUUCAAUUUUGUGAUAUCUUGACUACUGCCAAUCAAAAUUCAUUACCUUUCAUAUGAUUUGUUUCUAGAUUUAAGAAGUCUAAAAAUCCAGCCGUAUUAGUUCCUUUUUUGCCUUUUACCUUUAUUGUGGCUUAUCAAGCAGAUUUUUGUUAUGGAACUAAAAUGAGCAGGAUAAGGGGUAAGAAUCAGUAAUAAUAAACUGUGCAAAGAAAAUAAUAAUCUGUUACAAGGUUUAAAUAAAUAAGAUUACAGAUGUACUCGCCUCUGAACUAUGUGGAAUUGCAGACUUAGUGCACAGGAAGCCCAAGGGUUCUAUGUGAAGAGCUUCAAAUGGAACUAAACUUUGUUUGAAAUAUUUCAAAAUACAUGCUAGAUAUUUCUACCUUAUGAAACAAACAAACAAAACUUCACCUGUGCUGCCUGUGCUCUUUAUAACACAGAGUAAAAGCAGGCUGGCAAAACCCCUGUAUAACAAACCACAAUUCUUCACCAUAGCUGAUUAUGAUUGUAUAUUCAGUAUGGGAUAGGAGUCAUUAUCAUGGGGUCCUGUGCCAUAACAUGCGAGCAGAGGCUACUUUGUCACCAUAUUGUCUUCACUUUCAAGAACACAUUGCAAAAACGUAGCCCCUGCUUGCGGAUCAAAUAUCGCCUUUCCUGCCAUUAUAAGGAGCUAUUUCUUAGUCCCUCAGUGUGUACGUUAGAAUAGGUUUCAUGUACAUGCACUUGGUCUGAGUAAAAUAAUAGAGUGUUAAUGGUCUAUGUUUAAUUGCAGAUGAAGCUGAAAAAAUCAUGCAAGAGGAACGCGCUCUUCUGGAACUUCCUAAUGGAAUGCCAAGCUUUCAAUCCAUCGAGGAGGCACGAUUGAAGGCAGAGGCCAGGAGCUCUUAAAAAAUAAUGUGACAUUUCACUCUGUGAAACUGCUAUACACUAAACGCAUAAUCAGUUUAUUAAUGAACAUAUACUCUCUCUGUUACUGAGCACGCAUGCGCAUACUCGUGGUCGGUAAAAACGCCUCAUCCCCCAAAUAAUGUGCACCCUUACGCUUGCUAAUUACAUGUAAUUGCACAAUGCAGCGUGUUUAAGUUCACGCUGUUCUGGGUUCAGGGCCGUUCCGUUCCUAUAUUAGCAUUCCAAUACGUGUACAUAAG